UACACAGGCAUCGCCAAAUGUACAUAAAGCCUCCACGCUCGGGCUCACUCUCACUUUACUGCAGCUUUACGCACACACGCACCAUCUCAGAGAUCGUCUUCCAUUUCAACACAGCUCAGUUUGGAUUUAACUAAAACGAAAAACCAUGGCAGUCCUUAUAAGAAAUGAAGUUUUCUCCUGUUUUGUUUUCUACGGCGUGCUACUGGUGAUCAAAAUGUACAUUAUUGCAAUAAUAACGGGACAAAUGAGGCUGCGAAAAAAGGCUUUUGCCAACCCCGAGGACGCGCUGAGACACGGAGGUUUACAGUAUCACAGAGAGGAUCCAUAUGUGGAAAGAUGCCGGAGAGCUCAUGUUAACGACAUGGAGAACAUCCUCCCCUUCCUCUUCCUGGGUGCUAUCUACUCCAUGACAGAACCCUCGCUGGCUGUGGCUCGCAUUCACUUUCUGGUCUUCUUCAUGGCCCGUAUUCUGCACACCUUUGCCUACCUGUUUGCCCUGCGUGCACCGACACGCUCUCUGGCUUACACCGUGGCCCAGAUACCUUGUAUCUCGAUGGCUGUGCAGAUCCUAAUAGCAGUCGCAGCGUAUGCCUGAACAUCCAGAAAUGAGACUGAUCUAGCUGUUCUGGCUGUAAAGAGGGCAAAUACAAAAUGUACCUUUGUCAGAAAAACGCAGGAGGAGGAUACCAUAGAGGCCUCCUGAUAGGGAGAACAUUAAAGACAAAAAUGUCAGUGAGAGUGCAAUAUAAGGUGUGUGUGAUUACACCACAGCCAGGUUUCAUGAGACUUUGUAAGUAUUUUUUAUUGUUCUAUUUAAUCUUGAAAUGUGAGAGUGCCCUUAAAGUUAUUUGAAGUUGACAUCCUGUACUGUACUAUUUAAAAAUG